AUGGAUACUCUAAAAUUUUAUUUUGUCACUUGGAAUGUGGCCACUAAGUCCCCAGGACAAGAUCUAAAUGCCUUGUUAGACUUUCCAUCUCAAUUCAACAAGAAUAAGCCCUUACCAGAUUUUUAUGUAAUUGGGCUUCAAGAAGUCAAGUCUCAACCGCAGAAUAUGUUAAUGGAUUCCUUGUUUACUGAUGCAUGGACCUCAACAUUCAACAAAAUACUUUGCCGCCAAGGAUUCAUUAUUGCAAAGUCUACAAGACUGCAGGGUUUGCUAUUACUAGUAUAUAGUCAAAUGAAGCAUGUCACACAUCUGAGAGACAUAGAAGCACAGUAUACCAAAACGGGGCUAGGAGGAAUGUGGGGCAACAAAGGGGCAAUCAGCGUAAGGUUCAAUAUCUACGGUUGUUCGGUGUGCCUCGUGAAUUGUCACUUGACUGCGCACGAGCAUCUGUUGGCGGAUCGCAUCAAUGAUUAUAACACAAUAAUCAAACAACAUGUUUAUCACGUUAAUGAGACAUCCAGCAUAUUGUAUCACGAUUAUGUCAUAUGGAUAGGCGACUUAAACUUUCGAACAGACUAUCCUUCGGACGACAGUCCAACAGCGGAGGCUAUUGUUGCAGCGCUACAGAAGAUAGAAAAGGACAAAUAUACGAAUUUACUAAAGCACGACCAGCUUAACGCUGUUAUGGAAACUGGAGAAGCUUUUUCUGAAUUCACUGAACAAGAAAUUCGGUUUCCUCCUACCUAUAAGUUCUUCAUUGGUACUGAUGAGUACGACAUUAAGAGAAAACCAUCAUGGACCGACAGAAUACUCUACAAAGUAAAUGCAAACAACUACGAGAACGUCACGCUUAGGGCCGAAGUGCUGCAAUAUCACGAUAUUGCCCACUACACCGUGAGUGACCAUAAGCCUGUGGUAGGCCUACUUAAUAUAAAGAUACGUCAGGCCUUCACUCGCUCAGUAGUCGAAGAUACACCUAGAAUAAACGCACGCUCAGCCGUUCGCAUGCUCUCAGCAAUGAUGCCACCACCGAGCCUUGAUACUGUAACGACUGCAAAUAUCCAGACUGAAGGUUUUGCCUUCAGUAGUGGAGUUUUAGAAACGGCAUUUGAUAACACCUGUCAGAAUGUAUCAGAGCCAACACCUACAUUCUCGAACUACACCGAGAAGACGGUUGAGUUUGCGCCAAUAAGCCGGGUGUGGUACAUCGGUGAUGCGGACUUCAGAACUCAAUGCACCUUGACACCCGAUAUCGUGGUGAAUCCGAGUGACUGGAUUGGUAUUUAUGAUGCCAAUUUCCACAGUCUAGAUGACUACAUAGCUUACGAAUACCUCGCUAAGGUGACCCUACCACAUACUCCAACUGACGUCGAUCUACCGCGGACUAUCACGCUAAGUUUCCCCGUCGGUAGUGGAGUGAGGACACCUGGGUUCUACAGAUUCAUAUACUUCAGCCAACCGAACGGUGACGUCAGGAGUGUCCUGGGUAUAUCGGAGCCUUUUGAAGUAUGCAGUAAGGAAGACAUGUUAGUGAGCACAGAACAGAACGAACAAGCUUCUACUAGCGCUUCCCCGGGCCCAGCGAAACCAACCACUUCGACUACUGACAUAUUCACGGACUUCACUGGUCUUGAUGUGGCGAAGCUCUCGCGACACUUCUCCAACGAUCUCAGUAUCGACUGA